UCCAUUUCCGUGCAGUGGGAUCUGCCAAAGCUUGUGAGAGCGUCCAUCCAUAAAUAGCAGCAAACAACAACAUCAACAACGACACAUCUUUCCCCACAGAAGAAUCAAUCCACAAUCCAAUCGGAUUUCCCCAGCCAAUUAGGGUUUCUGGAAAUCACAAAUUUCUGGCCAAUGAUGUUGAUGCGGUGGUAGUUUUCCUGGGAAUCGGAACCGAGAAUCCAUGGCGGAAGAGGGAUCCGAGAGGGAAAAUGGAGGGCUGGUGGCGAUGGAUUCCAUGGAAUCACGCUGGGUUUUCCAGGACGAGGACGAAACGGAGAUGGAUGACGAUGACGAAGAUUUGGGCCUGCGUACGGUUUUGGAUUCCGAGGAUGAUGAGAAUGGAGAGCCGAAGUUGAUCCGCACUGGGCCCAGAAUCGAUUCCUUCGAUGUCGAGGCCCUCGAGAUUCCCGGCGCACAGAGGAACGAUUAUGAGGACUUUAGUCUGGGAAGGAGAAUUAUACUUGCUUUUCAGACACUUGGGGUUGUCUUUGGUGAUGUUGGAACAAGUCCACUAUAUACCUUUGGUGUGAUGUUUAGUAAGGCCCCCAUUAAAGGAGAUGAAGAUAUUAUUGGAGGACUUUCACUAAUUCUAUACACCUUGAUCUUGAUCCCACUGAUCAAAUAUGUCCUUGUUGUCCUUUGGGCAAAUGAUGAUGGUGAAGGUGGUACGUUUGCUUUAUACUCAUUGAUUUGUAGGCAUGCUAAGGUCAGUCUUCUCCCAAAUCAACUUCCAUCUGAUGCUCGUAUAUCAAGCUUCAGGCUAAAGGUGCCAUCCCCAGAACUUGAGAGGUCACUAAAAAUCAAGGAACGACUUGAGACUUCACUGACUCUGAAAAAGCUGCUUCUAAUGUUAGUACUUGCUGGUACUGCUAUGGUAAUAGCUGAUGGGGUUGUUACGCCUGCAAUGUCAGUGAUGUCAGCUGUUGGUGGGCUGAAGGUUGGAAUAUCUGGAAUAAAGCAAGAUGAAGUGGUGAUGAUUGCAGUUGCCUUCCUUAUAAUUUUGUUCAGUGUACAGAAGUUUGGGACAAGUAAAGUGGGACUUGCUGUAGGUCCUGCUUUAUUCAUAUGGUUUUGUUCUCUCGCUGGAAUUGGGAUCUACAACCUUGUAAAAUAUGACAGUCGUGUCUUAAUGGCAUUUAAUCCUGUUCACAUCUAUUACUUCUUCAAGAGGAACUCGACUAAAGCCUGGUAUGCCCUUGGUGGUUGUCUUCUAUGUGCAACAGGUUCUGAGGCAAUGUUUGCAGAUCUUUGCUACUUUCCAGUAAGAUCAGUGCAGCUUACCUUUGUGUUUCUUGUACUGCCUUGCCUUCUGUUGGGCUACCUUGGUCAAGCUGCAUACCUUAUGGAAAACCAUGAUCAAUAUGGUCAACUCUUCUUUUCUUCUAUCCCAAGUGGUGCUUUCUGGCCAGUCUUCCUCAUUGCCAACAUUGCUGCACUAAUUGCCAGUCGGGCAAUGACAACGGCCACAUUUUCAUGUGUAAAACAAUCAACAGCACUUGGUUGUUUCCCUCGCCUUAAAAUCAUUCAUACAUCCCGGAAAUUCAUGGGCCAGAUUUAUAUUCCAGUCAUAAACUGGUUUCUGCUGGUGGUUUGCUUGGUGUUAGUCAUCUUUAUCUCAAAUGUCAAUGAGAUUGGAAAUGCAUAUGGCAUUGCCGAAAUUGGGGUGAUGAUGAUGACAACAAUCUUAGUAACCAUUGUUAUGCUUCUUAUAUGGCAGAUAAACAUUAUCAUCGUGCUCAGUUUUCUGGUUGUGUUCUUGGGGGUGGAAUUAACUUUCUUCUCAUCAGUUUUAUGGAGUGUGGGAGAUGGGAGUUGGAUCAUAUUGGUUUUUGCCAUUGUCAUGUUUUUUAUUAUGUUCAUCUGGAAUUAUGGAAGUAAGCUCAAGUAUGAAACUGAAGUCAAGCAAAAGCUUUCAAUGGAUUUGAUGCGAGAACUAGGCUGCAACCUGGGAACAAUCAGAGCUCCUGGGAUUGGUUUGCUUUAUAAUGAGCUGGUGAAGGGAAUACCAGCAAUAUUUGGCCAUUUCCUAACCACCCUCCCUGCAAUUCAUUCCAUGAUAAUAUUUGUGUGCAUAAAGUAUGUUCCAGUUCCUGUAGUGCCUCAGAGUGAAAGGUUCCUUUUCCGCAGAGUCUGCCCAAAAAGCUACCACAUAUUUCGCUGCAUUGCCAGGUAUGGCUACAAGGAUGUUCGCAAAGAGAAUCAUCAGACAUUUGAGCAGCUGCUAAUAGAGAGCCUUGAGAAGUUCAUUCGACGUGAGGCCCAGGAACGGUCACUGGAGAGUGAUGGGGAUGGUGAUACAGAUUCUGAAGAUGAGUCCUCCUCAGGGGUCCUUAUAGCUCCCAAUGGCAGCGUCUACUCACUUGGUGUUCCUCUCCUGGCUGAGUACAAGGGCACAAGGGGACCCAUAACAGAAGCAAGCACCUCAGAGGAGGUGAGGCCAGAGCCUCCCUCGGACCCAACAGUGUCUGAUACAGAGCAUAGUCUUGAGAGGGAGCUGUCCUUCAUACGCAAGGCCAAAGAAUCUGGAGUUGUUUAUCUUCUUGGUCAUGGAGAUAUCAGGGCAAAGAAGAAUUCCUGGUUCAUUAAGAAGUUGAUGAUAAAUUACUUCUAUGCUUUCUUGAGAAAGAACUGCAGGAGGGGCAUUGCCAACUUAAGUGUUCCCCACUCGCAUCUAAUGCAGGUGGGCAUGACUUACAUGGUUUGAAGUUUGAAUUUGCUGCCAAAAAAAUAAGGCACGUUUUUAUUUAAUUUGACAGCAGAGGUUCAACAACAGAGGUGAUUGGGCUUUGGGAGGGAUAUGGAUGGAAUAUCUUACAUUUCUUCAGUUAAAAUAUGCAUCACAUCCAUGGUUGCAUUGUUCCUCAUAGAUGGCCUUUUGCAUCCUCUAAUCUUCUGACAUUUCCUCACCUAAUUAUUUCACAAGUUUUGUAGUGUUUUCUUCUUUGGGUUGAUGGCAUCUCAUAUGGAACAAGCUCUUGUAAUUUUCAGGUUCAAAGUCAGAGAAUGUGAUUCUUUAUGUCAUAAUUCUGUUUCUAAAAGUUUGAAUUUCAGCA